CGUCUCACCGCAUCCUGUCACCAUUUAUCUCCUGGUUAUUAAAUCUGGAUCAAAAAUUCUAAAACUGCGAAUGCUGGAUUCCGGAAUCGUUUGGUGUCUAACGGGAGGGCUUUCGCUCUCGAGAGUUUCCUUUGCGUGUAUCCUAAGCAUUUUCAACUCCCCGAUCUCUGUGCUCGCUUGAUUUUUAAUGGAAUGUACGGAUUUGGUUACAUCGGUAUCGGUUGGUGCCGGUGGUUGCGGUCUAUAUAAGCCCCUCUGGAUCUCGAGGUUUUCUGCGAGCCUUCCUCUGUCCGACAUAUAGAUAUUAUUAUUUUUUUAUUCCGACAUUAAAUAGGCUCGUUUGUUCGACAAGUGAUCGGAGCAAUGGCGAAGGAAUCUUCCAACGGGGUGUCAAAGCCGCCUCCGAUGCCUUCCCCACUGCGGAAUUCCAAAUUUUUUCAGUCCAAUAUGAGAAUCUUGGUGACGGGGGGCGCUGGAUUCAUUGGGUCUCAUUUGGUGGACAAGUUGAUGGAGAAUGAAAAGAACGAGGUAAUUGUUGCUGACAACUUUUUCACUGGUUCAAAGGACAAUCUUAGAAAAUGGAUUGGUCAUCCAAGAUUUGAGCUAAUUCGACAUGAUGUCACAGAGCCAUUGCUGGUAGAGGUGGAUCAAAUCUAUCAUCUUGCUUGCCCUGCCUCUCCAAUUUUCUACAAAUACAACCCUGUGAAGACGAUAAAGACAAAUGUCAUUGGCACACUAAACAUGUUGGGACUUGCAAAGCGGGUUGGAGCAAGGAUUUUGCUGACCUCAACCUCAGAGGUUUAUGGUGAUCCUCUUGAGCAUCCUCAGAAGGAGGAGUACUGGGGAAAUGUUAACCCAAUCGGAGUCAGGAGUUGCUAUGAUGAGGGCAAGCGUGUGGCAGAGACUUUAAUGUUUGACUAUCAUAGGCAGCAUGGCAUAGAGAUUCGUAUUGCUAGAAUUUUUAACACAUAUGGACCACGCAUGAACAUCGAUGAUGGUCGUGUUGUCAGUAACUUUAUAGCUCAGGCGCUUCGGGGCGAGUCCUUAACUGUUCAAGCACCUGGAACGCAAACUCGAAGUUUCUGUUAUGUUUCUGAUAUGGUUGAUGGACUUAUUAGGCUGAUGGAAGGAGAUAACACAGGCCCUAUCAAUUUAGGAAACCCUGGAGAAUUUACAAUGAUGGAACUUGCUGAAACCAUUAAGGAGUUAAUUGAUCCCACGGUGCCUGUGAAAGUAGUGGAGAAUACACCUGAUGAUCCUCGCCAAAGGAAGCCAGACAUCACAAAAGCCAAGGAGUUACUAGGAUGGGAGCACAAGGUUACACUACGGCAGGGCCUUCCUCUCAUGGAAGAGGACUUCCGACGGCGUCUUGGCGUGCCCAAAAAAGCAUAAAUUUGAGCAUCAAUUUUUCCCUCUGGAUUGAAGCUUUGUUUUCAGAGAUGCCAGCAUUCUGCAUCGCAUGCCUUGUCAUCUUAGAAUAAAUGAUUGCUCAUUAUGGUGGUGGUUUGUCAACAAGGAUUUUAAAAGAGAAAAAACAGUAGCUGUAUGAUGAGUAAUUUGAGCAAAGGAGGGUCUUUUUUUGCUUCAUUUGAUGUUGUUAUUUCAGUUAUUGGAUCAUGUGAGGACUUAUUUUUCCAGCAAAAUGGCUAUAGAAAAUAAUGGUUGUUCUAGC